AUGUCUCAACUUGCUCAGCAAGAGAAUAAUGCAAAUGGAGCGAUGACACAGUGGACUAGGGAAGACGACAUUGCCUUUGAAGACGCCCUCGCCAUCAUCCCAACAGGCAUGCCUGAGCCAGAGUAUUGGGAGAAAGUAGCCGCUCUUGUCCCUGGAAAAUCACCGGCGGAGGUCCGAAAUUAUUAUUGGGUAUUGUUCCAUGGCUUGUUAGAGAUUGAGACGGGUCGAGUGCCGUUACCGCACUUGUUGCUGGUGCCGAUGGAGGCCAACAGAUGUAACUGUGAAAAGAAGAGGUUGACAUGGACAGAAGAGGAACACAGGUUAUUUCUCGCUGGGCUGCAGAUAAUUGGCAAGGGAGAUUGGAAAAACAUUGCUAGAUAUUUUGUUAAGACAAAAAAUGCAACACAAAUUGCUAGUCAUGCCCAAAAAUACUCCCUUCAUCUCGCUCAAGGUGCCCAAAAGAAGGAAAGGAAAAGAACAAGCAUCCAUGACAUAACCUUAAAUGCUGAAAUCGACAUUGUGGUUCCUGCUGAUGAUGUUCAAGUUCUUCAACACUUACAAAAAUUGCAACAGGCACAGCAAUUGAGGGACACACAAUAA